GAGAGAGAGAGAGAGAGGGAUAGAUCGAGACAGAGGGAAGGAAGAGAAGGAGCUCUCAGCGCACAAUGAGUUGUGGAGUUUCUGGACAAAGUUUGGGAACUUGGUCAAAACUUUUGAUAGUUUCUCUCCUGUUCACUACCCCCUCGGGGUGUUUGCCUGUGGGUCAGACACAGCCAACAGACACAGACAAGGACCUGGGAUUGCCAGCAGCAGAGGCAUUCUUAGAAAAGUAUGGCUACCUUGAACCCGGAUCUCACAGGGGACUGAAUUCUGCUGAGGUCAGAGAGGCCGUGAGGGAGUUCCAGUGGAUUUCCCACCUCCCGGUGAGCGGAGCGCUGGAUGAGAACACCGUGAGGAGGAUGGCUGAGCCGCGGUGCGGAGUCAAGGACACGGGGAGUCGUGGAAUUUGGGGAGAGCAUGUGAAGGCUGUGCUGUUUGGGCAAAGCAAUAAACCCAAGCGCAUCAAGCGUUACUCUCCACAAGGAGAGAAGUGGUACCGGCACCAUCUCACGUACAAGAUCAUUAACUGGCCGCGAUACCUGGAGCCCGGCCGGGUCAGGGCUGCGGUGAAGACUGCCUUCGAGCUGUGGAGCAACGUCUCGUCGCUGAGCUUUGGGGAGGCUCCAGCUGGGGCCCCGGCUGAUAUCCGGCUGGCGUUUUACCAAGGCGAGCACAACGACGGCAUAGGCAACGCCUUUGAUGGCCCAGGUGGGGCGCUGGCUCACGCCUUUUUCCCCCGCCGCGGGGAGGCCCACUUCGACAAUGACGAGCGGUGGUCGCUGUACCGCGGCAAAGGCCGGAACCUGUUCAUCGUGACGGCCCACGAGAUCGGCCACACCCUGGGGCUCGAGCACUCACCGGUCAGGAACGCGCUCAUGUCGCCAUUUUACAAGAAGCUGGGCCGCGAUUUCCUACUGAGCUGGGACGACAUGAUGGCGAUUCAGAAGCUGUACGGGAAACCGUUCCGAGCUUCGGCCGUCCAACUACCGAUGGAGUUGCUGCCAUCGUUCCAGGAGCUGGAGGAGCACAGCCAUCCCGGCGUUCCCUCGGGAACCCCCUCGUACUGCCGGACGCAGUUUGACACCCUGACCAUGGAUCUGAACGAAAACAUUUACAUCUUCAGGGGGGGUGACUACUGGGUGGUCUCAAAGGUGGGGAGUGUUCGAGGACCCCUGUCCCUGCGAGAGGGCUGGCCCGGACUGCCCACCACCAUCGAGGCCGCUGCUGUGUCGGAGAGAGAAGGAAAAUUCUACUUUUUCAGAGGCGGUCGUUGCUGGCGUUACCGAGGCGCGGAGUUGGAGGAGGGCUUCCCGGUGAGAGUGAGCGCCAUGGGGCUGCCCCGACACCCAGACGCCGCCUUCUACUUCCAACCCCUGGGUCACCUGGUGGUCUUCAAGCGCUCCAGGUAUUACGUGCUGAACGAGGAGACCCUGCGGGUGGAGCAGUACUACCCCCGGCCCCUGCGGGACUGGAAAGGAAUCCCCGUGGGCAUCAACGGGGUCUUUACCUGGAGCGAGCGAUGGACCUACUUUAUCAAGGACGACGCCUUCUGGAAGUUCGACAACAGCCGGCUCAGAGCCCUGGGCAGCGGGAGGUGGGCCGAGGAGCUGGCCUGGGCCGGCUGCAACAACAACAACAACAGCAGCAGCACAGCGAGCGCAGACGCCCAGCUCACGUGAACCCAGGACAACGACACCCCACCCCCCACCUCCCUCCAAUCCCUCCCCUCACCGCCCCCACCUUCCUUCCGAGACUCAGUGAAACUCAGGGAGGGCGAGAGACCAGUCCGCUGCUUGUUCGCUCUCGAAGGACUCGACCAAAGAUCUUGUUCCUCCGUGUCUCUGGCGUUUUAGAAAUCGCCCCGAAACGAAAUCGUAAAAGCAUCCACACACCCACUUUCCAGCAAUCGCCCGCGCUCUCUCCCCCACCCCAC